CGACCAAGAAAUUCUCUCUCAUUCCUGAAACCGCUGCCAUGGCUACUGUACCAGUUAACCCAAAGCCUUUCUUGAAUAAUUUGACUGGGAAGCCUGUCAUGGUCAAACUCAAAUGGGGAAUGGAAUACAAAGGUUACCUCGUCUCUGUGGAUUCAUACAUGAACUUGCAGCUUGCAAAUGCUGAGGAAUACAUUGAUGGGCAGUGCACUGGAAGCCUCGGAGAAAUCUUGAUCAGAUGCAAUAAUGUUCUGUAUCUUCGCGGCGUCCCUGAGGAUGAAGAGAUUGAAGAAGCUGACCGUGAUUAGUCGGCUUUCACAUCUAUCGUAUCAUUGUAUGCCUAAUUGAAUUGGAGUGAGAUCUUGCAUUGUGUAGUAGUUGUACUUGACAGGCAUUCUAUCUUUGUUCAUGUAAAAUUUGUGAACAUGAGCUAUGUGGAAGGGAUAUAUUUGUUUUUAACUGUUUCAGAUCAGUCCAGAAAAUUAAAAA